CGUGUGUGUUGAUACUUCUAAUCUAUAGGUGGAUGAGAAGGCAUCAAGCGAUCGACCCAAACAUUGAAGAAUUCUUACGAGCUCACAACAAUUUUUUGCCCGUAAGGUAUUCUUACUCAGAUAUUAAGAAGAUCACAAAAAAUUCAAACACAAGCUAGGUGAAGGGGGAUAUGGUUCCGUGUAUAAAGGAAUACUUAGAAGUGGCAAUGAAGUUGCGAUUAAGAUUUUGAAAUCAAAAUCUGACGGCCAAGAUUUUAUAAGCGAAGUGGCCACAAUUGGAAGGAUCCACCACAUUAAUGUGGUGCAACUUGUUGGUUUUUGUUUUGAUUACUCCAAACAAGCUCUUGUCUAUGAUUUCAUGCCGAAUGGAUCUUUGGAUAAACACAUUUCCUAUAAGGAUGGUGAUAAUUCUCUUGAUUAUAAGAAAAUGUAUGAGAUCUCUCUUGGCAUAGCUAGAGGAAUAGAGUAUCUUCAUCGGGGAUGUGACAUGCAAAUUUUACACUUUGACAUCAAGCCUCACAACAUUCUUUUAGACCGAAGUUUCACUCCGAAAGUUUCUGACUUUGGACUUGCAAAACUUUAUCCCACUGAUCAUAGCAUAGUAUCAUUGACUACAGCAAGAGGAACCUUGGGAUAUAUGGCACCCGAGCUAUUCUAUAAGGAUAUUGGUGGCAUUUCUUAUAAAGCUGAUGUUUAUAGUUUUGGGAUGAUGUUGAUGGAAAUGGCCGGUAGAAGGAGAAACCUAAAUGCACAUGCAGAACAUUCAAGUCAAGUUUACUUCCCUUUGUGGGUUUAUGAUCAACUUGGCAAAGAAAAUGAGGUUGGAACGGUAGGUGUCCUGAAAGAGGAAAAAGAAACAACAAGGAAGAUGAUAAUCGUUGCUCUAUGGUGUAUACAAUUGAGCCCUAACGAUAGGCCAUCGAUGAAGAGAGUCCUAGAUAUGCUUGAAGGAGAUAUGGACAAAUUACAAUUGCCUCCAAAACCGCUUUUGUAUCCAAUGGAGACACUGAUUGAUGAUGUUGAUGAUGAGAUAGAACUUGAAACAGUCUCAUCUUCGUCAAGUACUCCAAUAAUUUCUAACAACUACCAGUUUCAGCAUCACAAUGAGUUUAUAAAGUCAGGUAUUGUUUGAUUGUUCCCCUCUUGCAAAAACUAGAUGCAAGAUAAAAAUGUCACUGUUAACAUAUAUCACAAUUCACUAUGUAAUUUAUGAAGUCGUUACAUGAUUUUUAUA